CCUCCUGGAGAAAAAGGAGCUGUGGGGCCUCCCGGUCCCCCGGGAGAGAAAGGAGACAUCGGCCCUGUGGGCUCUGGGCCACCCGGGCUCCCUGGACCUCCAGGAGAAAGGGGACCCAUAGGGCCAGCUGGCCAUGGGUCUGUCGGGACUCCUGGACCUCCAGGGAAAGGGGGGCCAAUGGGACCAGCUGGUCCUGUAUACUCCUUUUUUGUAGUCCCUUGCCCUAAAGGUUAUACAAAGUGGAGAGGAACAUGCUACAAGUUUUAUACCGGUAACAGAAAAAGGGCGUUCAACGAAUCGAUCAAGUCCUGUCGCGAAGAUGGCGGUACCCUUGCCAUGCCCCGAGACGCGGAAACCCAGGCCUUCCUGGUUUCCUUGCUACCAGUUUCCAGAUCCAGUUGGUGGUGGAUUGGUCUUCAUGAUCAGCGAGAAGAGGGAAGGUUUGAGUGGGUGGAUGGUUCUGCACUAGGGGAGUUCAACCUGUGGAUAUCUGGACAUCCAAAUGGCCCUUUUGCACAUUUAGAUUGUGUCGCUUCAUCUAAGACAAAGUGGGGUGUCUCGCCAUGCCAAAAUCAAAUCCCCUUCUUCUGUCAGGUCCCUCCAGGUUAG